CUUCGUAUGGUCGGCGCGCCUACAUCUCUCGUAGAAAGCACGUUCGUGAUGAAAAAUGGCAACACGUGCAGUUCACCAGUUGAGAUCGGUGCCACGACAAAAUCUGAUGAAAGUACCAGACAAUUUAUCAAGAAAGAAACGGUGCGGAAAGUCAAAUCAAUCGGCGGUCAUGUGGGCUUGCUGAUCACCCUGAUGCUUUAUACCGCAAUUGGUGGGCUGAGAAAAGGCGUCGAAUUGGAUAAGACGUGCGACGAAAUGAAAAUGAGAGCGAGGUGUCAAUGGUAUUUCGUAUCCACAAAUGUACGGUUAUGCGCACGGAUACUCGUUUGGGAACCUUCGAGAUUUCCAGUGUGGAGUUAAAUGUAUUCGAAGUUCUAUAAAUAUUUACAUUCUGUACAAUAACGAACCGACUUAUAGCCUCCCGAAUCGUAUCUUUAUUUUUAGCGGCGAGCCAAUCGGCGUGAUUUCAUAGGAAGUAUAUACUACUGAUGCCUUUUAACGAAGUCUGGUAAAAAUAUCAAUGCGUUGAAAUUCACGAUAGUCGUGAUUUUUUAAGUGCGCCAUCCGACGGCUGCGAAAAUAGCAACAAUAUAUGUAUUUCUAAAUGGUGUUUCUCAAGGAACCCGAUUCAUUUGUAUGCAUGUAUUUUUCACAUAGGCAGAUUUGAAAGGGAUAAAUGCACUAUAAUGUAAAAUG